GGCGGUGGCUGCAGGCGCGGCGGCGCUGGGCCGAGGGUCGCGCGCGGCUCUUUCACCUUGGCAACUGCGGGUCUCGCGUGGCGGGCGCGGGUGGCUGCUGAGCCCCGCCAGCCUCGGAGGGCGCGCGCCGGCUGCCCUGGCCGCUUCUAACCAGUCGAGCGCGGGAGGAGAGGAGCGCUACUGCCUGGAUUUGCUGCGAAAACGGGACUAUGAAGGCUUCCUCUGUGCACUGCUGUUGCCUGCAGAAUCACGUGCCUCUGCAUUUGCCCUGAGAGCCUUCAAUGUAGAACUGGCUCAGAUUAAAGACUCUGUAACUGAGAAGACCAUUGGUUUGAUGCGGAUAGAGUUUUGGAGGAAAACUGUGGAAGACAUUUACCAGGAUAAUCCACCACAACAACCAGUGGCAAUAGAGUUGUGGAAGGCUGUUAAGAGGCAAAACCUGACCAAAAGAUGGCUUAUGAAUAUUAUUGAUCAAAGGGAAAAGAAUCUGGAUGACCGAGCAUAUCAGAAUAUCAUUGAACUUGAGGCUUAUGCUGAAAAUACACAGAGUGCACUCCUUUAUCUCACACUAGAAACACUUGGUGUGAGGGACAUCCACGCAGACCAUGCUGCCAGUCACAUAGGAAAGGCACAAGGCAUUGUAACCUGUUUAAGGGCUACUCCAUACCAUGCUAGCCGAAGGAAGGUGUUUCUCCCCAUGGAUAUUUGCAUGCUGCAUGGUGCUUCACAAGAGGAUUUCAUAAGAAAAAAUCAGGAGAAGAAAAUGAAAGAUAUUGUAUAUGACAUUGCGAGUCAAGCCCACGUUCAUCUGGAACACGCUAGGUCCUUCAAGAAGAAUGUCCCUGCCAAAGCAUUCCCUGCCUUCCUCUGUACAGUUGCCAUUGAAGAUUAUUUACAUAAAAUACAAAAAGCUGACUUCAAUGUAUUUCAUCCAAGUCUACAUCAGAAGAGCACUUUACUACCUUUGCAUUUGUACAUUAGAUCAUGGAAAAAAGCUUAUUGAAGAAUAUUUAAUAUGAGAUUGAGUCUUUCUGAUUGAGAAUUGUUAAAUCUUUUUCAUUUACGUGGCAAUGUUCUAUGGAUGAUAUAUCCAGGCUCUUCUUUUCACAUUUAGUCCAACCCCAGACCUCACAACAACCUUGUGAAGUACAUUAGGUAAAUUGGUAACUAGCCCACUGUCACUGGGUAAACUUCAUGACUGAGUCAGUAUUUGAACACAAGCUUUGUCGUCUAAAUCUAACACUAUCCAUUAAUGGAGUAGCCUUCAACAAUAUGUCACCUUCCAGUUGUGUUGAAGGCUCCUUAGAUCAUUUGCCAUUGUCUUUAUUAUGCAACAUUUAUUUUUCUGCUUUUCUUUAAAAAACGGAAGUACCCCCCUGCUCCCAACUUGUAUUCAUUUAAUUUAUACCUGGCAUCAUGGAACUUGAGGGUUCUUUAGCAACCUUAAAUCCAGGGACUAAUCAAACAAGAGGCCUGCUUAGGUUCAGCCAGGUAGCUGCAUCAAUAACAGAUUAAAACUUAUAAAUAGAACAAAAUUAAUUGAAAAAGAGCAAAGUUGAAUAAAAUGAACUUCCAGAAUUUUCUAGCCAGCAUAGCCAUUGUGAAGAGGUCUGGGGGUUGAAAGAUCACACAUUGGGCAAGUGUCCAGAUUGGGGAGAGUGGUCCAUAGGAUGCUGAUUCUUCAUGUCUCAUAGAAUAUUUGUAUGCAUUAAUUUAUUAAAGUAUUUCUAUACUGCU